UGUGCUUGUACUAAAUAAGCACAUCCCAUGCCGUGCAUUAAGUCACCAAAAAAUUCAUCAGGGCACGAUGAUGACGAAGAGUAAGAGUGAGAGGAAUAAAUAAAGAUACUUGGUGGCCGCUACCAAGGAGCUGAACAAGGACGAAGAAAUUGAAAUUGGUGUGUAACACUUGGUUGUGGACAGUGCGUUACAGUAGGUCCGCAAAUUGAUAUUGUGAAAUUUAUUUUUUAGCUUUCAAGCAUCUAUCCAUCAUGAGCGACAGAAAAUGGGUUACAGAACCAGACGUCUACGUAUGUAAUUUAUCACAAGAAACUCAACAAAUCGCUUACGAUGAACUGAGAGAAGACGAAAAAUCUAGAAACUCCGCUUUGGAGUCGAUGAGAGAAUGGAUAAGACAAAAUCCGAAAAUAAAUAAUUGCAGAAUGGAUUCCCGUUUCUUACUGAGAUUCCUCCGAUUCAAAAAAUUUAGCGUAGAGCAAGCAAAAGAAUGUUUGGAAAGGUACGUUUUACUCCGUCAAACCUUCGGGGUGGCCUUUAAUUGCUUGGACAUUACCAUACCGAUGAUGCAGGAACUUACAAAUCUUGGAUACCUUUUUGCUUGUCCAAAACGUGAUAGUAAGGGACGUAGAGUGAUUGUUGCUAGACCAGGAGUAUUCGAUCUAAACAAAUUCACCAACGGCGAUAUGUGCCGUAUCCACGGAAUCGUAUACGAAACUCUUAUGGAAGACGAAGAGAACCAAGUCAGAGGUUUUGUACAUUUUGCAGACGGUUCUGGAGUCGGUUUUGCUUAUCUUACUUUAUUCACCAUCAGAGAAGCUGUCCGUAUUGUCAAAAAUGGAGAGAAAACACUACCAAUGCGUCACAAAGAAGUCCAUGGAAUGAACGUUCAUUCUUCUAUGAAAUUCGUACUUGAUUGGGGGAUGUCUCUUAUAUCUGAAAAAAUCAAAAGCAGAGUGCGAUUAUAUUCGAACAUAGACGAAGUUUUGGAAACUGGAUACGUUGAGAGGGACGUGUUACCUAAAGAGUAUGGCGGAACUAUGCCAAUGUCGGAAAUGAUCGAACUAUGGCAAGAGGAACUAAAGAAGUCGCACUCAAUUUUGAUGUCUCACGAUCAGAUGGCCGUGAACGAAGAAUUAUUUACUCAAAGACAAAGAGACGGAGCCGUUUCGGCACUCAGACGACAAGGCGGUACCUCGUGCGGAGCUGAAAAAGAUUCCUUGUGCGGCAUCACUGGGAAUUUCAGAAAAUUAGAAGUCGAUUGAGAAAGAAAUUUCGAAUAUGUGACAUCAAAGUCAUACUUAGGUACUAAGUUUACUCUACUAGUACUUUUACUAUACUUUUUAAAGAUGAAGUUCAUCAUUCUGCGAGAAGAGAUAGAAGAAAGUAUCGGCAAAAAUAGGCUUUAUAGAGACCUAAUAAUUAUUCAUGAUUCCACUAUCUGUUCUCGCCAAACGAGAAAUAAGUUGUUAGCAGGUAUCUAAAAAUUGUUCAGUUUUAUUAUCAGCUUUCUUAAGUUUUUAUUUUAAGCAUUUUUCGAAAAUUGUCAAAUAUUGACUUUUAAUUUUUUUUUUUUUCGUUUUGUCCAAAAUUAAUCUGCUACUAAUAGCGUCUAAAGUUUUAUUUAUUUUUUUGUAUGCGUACCUCCUAGCUUAUUAACUCUUUUAAGACUUUUUGGUUCAAUUUAGGAUAAUUUCUCAAUCACUAUACUUUUCCGGUACUAUUGGGAUUAGGUUAAGGAAAC